AUGGACAAUAAAGAAAAUGAACCAAAGUUGUUAAGUUGUAUGAUAAAAGGUCCUGCUCCUAUAUAUAAAUUACAGACUUUAGUUGGAUAUGAAGGUCAUUGUUUAUCUCGACCAAGAGGUCCUGCAUAUACUAUAAGACCUCGGACAGAAAUUCAAAUACCAAGUAUUGGACCUGGACCUCAGUAUAAUAUAUCAAAAUUAACAAAUUAUGGAAUAGAUAGUUCACCAGCAUAUACAAUAGCUGGUCGAGAACCAUUUAAAAUAAGAGAUCUCGGACCAGGACCAGGAGCACAUUAUCCAGAACUAUGUCCACCAAUGAAUCACAAAAUUAGAGCUCCUGCUUAUAGUAUUAAAUCUAGAAGUAGAAUAAAAUUUGAUGAUAUUGGACCUGGUCCAAAUGCAUAUAUCUUGCCAACUUGUAUAGGACCAAAAAUUCCUGACAAAGUAGCUCAAGGUGCCUUUUCUAUAGCUGGAAUUCAUAGAAUUAAAGAAGAAGAUGUUGGUCCUGGUCCAGCAGCUUAUAGAAAUAUUCGAACUGAUCUUGUAAAACGUAGUGCUCCAGCAUUUAGCUUAAAAUGGAGGACUCAUUUAGCAGAACUAGAAUUAAGUCCAGGUCCACGAUAUUAUCCUUUAUAUAAUACUGGAAGACGACAACCUAUGUAUUCUUUUGGAAUAAGACACAGUGAAUGUGCUGGUUUGCCUAUCACUGAUAUAGAUGAAGAUUAA